AUGUCCGAGACAGGCGAGGGCGAUCUAUACGAGCCUCUAAAGCCGCCAUUCGAGAAUCUGACAGCUGAUAAUCGGGGCCCUAUUGCAUUGGCCGUCGCGGCAACCGUAAUUGUCAUUACUGGCUUGACGGUGGGAGUGAAGCUAUGGACAAGACUGGCGACAACCCGAACUGUCGGGUUUAAUGAUGCUGCAAUGGUGAUAGCGAUGAUUUUUGCCGUUGCCCAAACAGCAUGCAUAGGUAUUGCCACGGAUAAAGGUCUAGGUCGACACAUAGAUGCGAUCCCAGCUGACGACAUCCAAAGUCUUAGCAAGGUCUUUUAUGCGUCCAAUAUUCUUCUAAUCCUCACUCUCGCGAGCGCCAAAGCGGCCGUGACUCUCUUGAUCAUUGCCAUCAAGCCAUUGAAAAAUGUCAUGUAUGCGUGCUAUGGCAUGCUUGCAUUCAUCGCGCUCUGGGCCGUAGCCAGUGUGUUCGUUUUGGCUUUCCAAUGUUCACCAGACCGGUGGGCGCUCGGCCCAAGCGACGGCAAUACAUGCGUCGAUCAGUAUGCAAUGCAAAUCGCCAUCAGAAGCAUGGACAUCGCCAGUGACGUCGGGAUUGUUCUCCUUCCAGCACUCAUGAUGAGAACCGUGCUUGUGAGUCGGGACAAGCGGUGGAUGGUCAUCAUGCUCUUCAGCCUGCGUCUUGCCACACCAUGCCUGACCGCCGCAUCGAUGGUAGCACUCGACGACUUCUACCACUCAACACCACAAGACCGGACGUGGUUCGCCAUCACACCAUCAGCAUGGACGAGCGUAGCGAUGAACGUGUCGAUCGUAACGGCCUGCAUCCCGUCGAUCAAGCGCUUCCUCGCCGACUGGGCGUCCGGGCUCAGCGGCGUGACCAUCUCGGAACCGUUCGAGCUCGAGCACUCGGCCGGAAAGAGCGGCAUGUUCAACAGCAGCAGCUACGCGCAGGGCAGCGGGAUGGGAAGCAAAAUAGCCACGAAACUGGGACUGUCGUCGUCGAGCAAAGCCCAGAUCAGCUCGAACCUGCGCAGCAUCGACAGCCACCACCAUGACGCCAACCACGGCCAGACGACUCCAGGCGGCAAUAACCGCGGCGCGACCGUUCACGCCGCGGACCCGAACGAUGCGUCCGACAGCGUCAAAGGCUUGACGGACGGCGUCAUCAUGCACUCCAUCGACUAUCGGGUCGAGUACGAGGACCAGAACCCCGAUAAUCGGGACUGGCACAGCAGUAGCAGCAACGACAGGAUCUGA